UCUACGCAGUAGGAAACGCAAAAACGAAAACAUUUAAUAAAUUGUGAUAGUGAUUUGAAAAUCAUUUUGAACAAAGUCAAAUUAAAAAAAACUUAAAAUGGUGUCUAGUGAGGAAGAAGCGGAGGUUAAAACUGGAGACACAGUUGAAUGGGAUGUCGACAUGGAGAUUCAGUUAUUUUACGCGAUGGCCAAUCACAAGCCGGUUGGCAUAAACAAACACUUUCAAAUGGCUUGUAUUUGGGAGAAAUUAUCUAACUCAAUAACAAAAGAGAUAUCCACACAUGAUAUUUGGAGACAUUUAGAUACAUUAUACGAUAUGACGAUGUUGGACGAAACGGAACCGAUACCAUUUCCGAACCACGAAGUACCAUUUAGCUUACCGGAGAAUGAGUUUGGCGCUAUGAUGAAACAAAAAUGUAAAGAUAAUAUUUUAGCUGAUGACAGCGAAGACGGCCGAAGUCCAUCACCAAAAACAUCAACACCCAGAAGUAAUUCCAGGGGCACAGCUUCUAAGGAUGGUACACCUAAAGGUCGUAAGGAUAGCAUAGGUGCACUCGCUACAAAGACAAGGAAGGAAAGUGGCAGCUCUCAUGCAUCCACAGACACACCGAGUAUCAAAUCGGAAAAGGAAUAUGAUCGAAGGAGAGACUCUCGAGAUUCAAAUGCAUCAGGACCAAGGGAGAAUUCUUCUAGCCGAAAAACAACAUCACAAAGGGAUAAGCCGCCUAAAUCUAAAGUUAGCUCUGUUGCAGCCUGGGAUUCCCCACUCAUUGAUGAGGACAGUGGCUCCCGACGCGGGCGUCGCCGAGCAAACACAUCAACACCACCAGCCACCACCCCAGCCAAACGCCGGCGAAUGUGACAUUCGCAUACACAUACUUAUCACCAUUUCUUCUGACACACACAACGCCCGUGGUGGGGAAACCGCACCGGCCAGGCGCGGGCGAGACGGAACCACGCUGUGAACGUGUUUUUCUUCUAGUGGUGGUCAAUGUCACAGACUGUUGUGUGAUUGUGAGAUAUUGAAAUAACUUUAUACCGUGUUACUUAAACUUGAUAUGAUUUGUUGUAAUGUCAUGAAAUUGAUCUUGAAGUGAAUACAAAUGGCGUCGGUAGUGAGAAGCUAUUAUUUUUAUAAUAAUUAUAAUGUAAAUAGUAUUAAAUUUA